UAAAAUCAAAACAAAAAUAAAUUAAAGGGGACGAAAAUUCAUCAAAAAAUAAGUUUAAAAAUAUUUUUACGUAAAUUUAAGAUAAAUGCAGUAGAAAUUUUGGUAAAAAAUGAGUGAAUUUACCGCAGAAAAUAAUCUCUGUGGGCAAACAUUGCUGCAAAUUGUAGCUGCUGGAAAUUCAAUCAUCGCUGAAUUGCUCAGACUGAAAGAUUAUGUGCCUUCAAUUUUUCUUCUCCAAUCCAAAGAAGACACCGCCAAAUACGGCGAAAUCCUCCUGGACUUCAGCUACUUCAACAUAUCCUCAGCUGUCGACAAAGCCAUCGAAACCAACCAAAAAUUGUACGAACUCGACGACGACAUUCGCAUCGAAAACUUUGAAAUCCUCACGAGAUUUUAUUUGGCCUUCGAGAGCAUCUUACUCUACGCCCACGAACUCCAAAAUUACGUCAACGACUUGAACGAAGGCACUUUUAUCCAACAAACGAUCGAAAGUGUUCUCGCCGACGAGGAAGGCAAACAACUUUUAUGCGAAAGUCUCUACUUGUACGGCGCAAUGUUGCUAAUUCUCGACUUGCACAUUCCCGGAGGGGUUCGCGAACGUCUCUUAGUCGCCUACAAUCGUUACAGCGCCCAAAAAUCUCAUGGCGGCUCGAAUAUCGACGACGUUUGUAAACUCAUGAGGUCCACUGGGUUCUCGAAUGACGCGAAAAAGUCAAAUAAUUUCGCGUAUCCCGAAGAAUACUUCCAACGGGUGAAAUUGGACUCGAUUUUCGUGGAAAUGGUAAUCGGUCGUUUGCGUUCCGACGACAUCUACAACCAAUUUCGGGUAUAUCCGAUGCCCGAACAUCGUCCCACGGCCUUGGCAAAUCAAGCCAGCAUGUUGUACGUUUGUCUUUUCUUCUCGCCGAGGACUUUACAUGCCGAGCCAGCGAGAAUGCGAGAGAUUGUCGAUAAAUUUUUCCCCGAAAAUUGGAUUGUGAGCAUUUACAUGGGAGUCACGAUCAAUUUGCUCGAUGCUUGGGACCCUUUCAAGGCAGCAAAAAAUGCUUUGGUGAACAUAACGGACCCACAAAGUGUCAAAGAGGUCACCGGAAAGCAGGAAAAAUUGCUAAAUCGAUUAAUUAAAGAAUCUCGAGCGAUUUUAAAGGAAGGGGUGCUGACCGAACAAACGCUCAUGAAUAAAUUAACAAAAGUUUUGAACCUUAUUCGGGAAAUGAAUGUCGCAAUUCGUUGGUUGUUGUUGCAUACAAACCCAACAGUCAUCGAUUUGGGCAAUAAAAAGUGCAAACAACUCCGCGACCAAAUAAUUUCCGAUUUGGGCGGCAAUCACUUGGGAAUUUUCGAACUUUUGCUGAACACGAGCGAGUUGGAGCUCAAAGUGAAGGAAAUGAUUCGCGAAUUACUCGCGCAACGCGAAUCUCGUUACAACGAGAGCAAAAAAGAGGCAAUUGAACGCAUCCAGGAUUUAUCGGUCGCCUUUUCCGGCACGCAACCCCUGAUGAAAAUCGAAAAAAAUGACGGAUUGACGACUUGGUUCACGGAAAUCAAGAAAACGAUUGAAACGUUAGACUUUGAAAAUGCGAAUUUAUCGGGAAGGAAACUCGUUCAGCUGAUCCGAGCACUCGAGGAUGUCCAAGCUUACCACAAUUUGGAGUCAAAUAUGCAAGUGAAGCAAUAUUUGUUGGAAACGAGGAACUUUUUGCACCAAAUGAUCCACAUGUUGAACAUCAAAGAUGACGUUCUCGUGACUUUGCAAUUUAUUUCGGACCUCAGUUACGGCUGGCGAGCCAUUGACAACUUUACGCCGACGAUGCAGGAGAGCAUCAAGAAGCAACCGAGUCUGGUAAUUCGUUUAAGAGCGACUUUUUUGAAAUUAGGCAGUGCCCUGGACGCUCCAUUGUUACGGAUUAACGAAGCAAAAAGCGAGGAUUUGGUCUCGGUUUCGCAAUAUUACAGCAACGAGCUGAUAAAUUACGUGCGAAAAGUAAUUCAGAUCAUUCCGAAGACAAUUUUUGAGGUUUUAGCGAAAAUUGUUGCCUUACAAACGGAAAUUAUCAAAGAAUUGCCGUCGAAAGUGGCAAAAGACAAGGUAAAAGACUUUGCGCAGCUCGAUGAACGUUUUUUGGUGGCGAAAUUGACAUAUUCCGUGUCAGUUUUCACCGAAGGUAUCCUGAUGAUGAAGAAAACUCUCGUCGGCGUCAUCGAAUUGGACCCAAAAGAGCUCUUGGAGGACGGAAUUCGCAUCGAACUCGUCAAACACAUCUCGGAUGCGCUUCACAAUGGGCUUCAAUUCAACUCGAAAGCGAAAAAUUUCGAGCUCGAACCGAAAUUGGCGGAUUUAUCGAAGGUAAUUGACGGUUACAAGCGUUCCUUUGAGUAUAUUCAGGACUAUAUGAACAUCAAAGGACUCAAAAUCUGGCAGGAAGAGAUGCGACGAAUAAUUUGCUUCAACGUCGAACGCGAAUGCAAUGCUUUUCUCAAUCACAAGGUCAGCGAAUGGAACUCCAAAUACCAAAGUCAUACAAUUCCGAUACCCACGUACCCGGGAGAGGCUGAUGGAGCGGCGACUUUUAUCGGAAGACUCGCAAAAGAGUUGCUACGGAUCACAGAUCCCAAGUGCACGUGUUACAUUCAACAUAGUUCGGCAUGGUAUGAAGCGAAAACACCUCAUAAAGAGCUAAUUAACUUGAAAUUUAUGAACAAAGUUGUCGAGUCGAUUGAAAUUUCGGGACUCAGUGGGUUGGAUAAGCUUUAUGCACACAUGAUUUGUGCGGAAUUGAUGGAAAUUCAAACAUUUUUCAAGAAGAAUGUUAUUUCCAACAAACAAAAUACCGAUAUUUUGGAUCAAUUUGGAAAAGAACUCGAUUUGCCAUCAGCAAAUUUGAAGACUUACAACACCGCAAGUUCGAAAUUAUCUAAAAAUUUUUCGAAAUACGUGCAAUUUUUGUGUCAAAUUGGUCAAAAACAGAUUUUACGAAGACACAUUUCCUACGAACUCAAUAUUUCGUGCAGAUUUAAGGCGAAAAAUUACGAAUCUUCGUUGCGGAAUUUCAAUAAUGCCCUCUUGACGGAUGUCAAAGCGCAUUUAAUUGAUCCGCAAACGAAUUCGCUGCCGUCGCAGGAAUUGUUCCAAGAGUUGCAGGAGAAUUUAACAGCUGCCGGGAUCUAUGAGCCAUAUCACAAGAUUUAUGCGCCAAUGACGAACAAUCAGUACCAUGGUAACUUUUUGCUGUUGAUGAUCGUUGGGCAGCUGCCGAAAUUCGUGUUUCAAGCAUCCGAGUUGGUGUCGAAAAAGGUGAACAUGGAACUAGAUGGACAUCCGUUAGUGGUGGGGAUUUUGACGUUGUUGAGACAAUUCGAUGCAAAAGAUGUCGUUCAAGAGUUUUUGAAAGGGUUUUGUUCGUUUUUGACGACCGCCGUGCAGUGUCAAUUGAGUGCCAAACAACAAGAAAUCAGCUUGGACAUCUCCAACGGCUUCCGUUUCCUCCAAACGUUCCUGAAUGUCGCUGAAAUGUCCCAAAAUGUCGUUAAAGAAUUCAUUCCAGAAAUCAUCUUGACCCAAUUUGAUUUUUUAACUGAAAAAUCUUGAAUUUACUAAAGUUGCCUUCAAAUAUUUUUACGAAAAUAAAUUCUUUUCUCUAUUACA